GAAGAGCCGGUUGCUGUCAAUGUGACGAAUUUUCAACACACAGCAAUGGAGGAGACGGGCAUUACAUUACCUGACAUCGUGGCAAACCUGUCACUUCCUAUUGAUCACAAAAAAGUCAGCCGGUUCAACAUCUCAAGGGCUAACUUUUGGGAUGGGGCAGUCAGAGGUUUCAAGCGUACAACCUAUUCUGAAACCUGUGACAUGCUGGUGAAAUUUACUGAUGAUACUGGUGUUCUGGAAGAGGGAAUUGACAGUGGUGGUCCAAGACGAGAGUUUUUGACUCUACUGAUGAAACACCUAAAAGACCGGCCCAUUUUUGAUGGACCAGAAGGACAUCGGUUCUUGGUCUACAAUGCAAAUGCUGUUAGGGAGGAUGAAUACUACCUGGCAGGAAAGAUGAUUGCUGUGUCAGUUGUGCAUGGAGGUCCAGGGCCCCAUUUCCUGUCGGAAGAUCUUGUACAUUAUCUUGCAGGCCAGCCUUCAUUCAAAGCAACAAAUAGCUUAAUAACUGAUGAAGAAAUAGGGAAAGCUUUGCAAGAGACAGCAGGUUGUCUGAGACAUGUGGCUACUGUGGAAGAAAAGAAAGAAAUCGUGUCAGACUACCUCCAAUGGUAUAUUAUUGACCGCAACUCAUCUGUAAUUGAAAGAUUCAGAGACGGUCUUUCAACCCUGGAGUUUUUGAAUGCACUACAGCAACACCCUACUUUGCUGGCCCCUGUCCUGUACCACUCCGAAAGUCGAAUCACUGCUUCUGAACUUCAGAGACUCUUCAAAACUGACCUCAGUCCUUCGGGGAGUAAUCGAAGACUUAAAGAAAGUCAAACCAUGGCCUACUGGGCAGACUAUCUCCUUGAUUGUGAAGAAGACCAGGCUGCUGUGUCUGUAGAAGAUAUUUUGAUGUUUGCUACUGGGCUGUCCUCACUUCCCCCAUCUGGCUUGGAACCACUGCCACAAAUAGAGUUCCUGGAUGACUCUGUGUUCCCAAUGGCAAAUGCAUGUUCAAACACUUUGAAAUUACCACUCCUAGACUCAUACACUUUGUUUAAGUCACAAAUGGACUUUGGAAUUCAAAAUAGUCCAGGAUUUGGGUGUUUCUAAGCUAUACGAUGGAUGACCCCUAGAGUUAAGACUCUGAAACAGUUGUUGUUUAAGGUGUUCUUUAAAGGGAUAGUUCACCCCAAAAUGAAAAUGCUGUCAGUAAUUACUCUCCCUCAUGUUGUUCCAAAUCCAUAAGAAUUUCGUUCAUCUUCGUAACACAAACUAAGAUAUUUUUGAUUAAAUCUGAGAGCUGGAUCACUCCUCCAUAGGCUUCUAAGGGAUCGAAACUUGCUGGCCCAGAAAAGUUAUAAAAGAUAUAAUUAAAAUAGUCCGAGUGACUACAGUGAUUCAAUCUUAAGUUUAUCAAGCGACGAGAAUACUUUUUGUGCGCAAAAACAAACAAAAAUAACGACUUCAUUCAACUAUUAAUUUCCUUCGCUGUGGGCCUCGAGUGAGUUUGCGUAGUGUAACAGCGCAGCGCUUCUGUUGUACGUCACACGCAUGACCAGCGUGAGCCUACGUGUACAUUUGUACAUUUUGAAAAUGUUUUAGAUCCAUAACUCUCAAAUUGGGAUCCCUUUGUGAAUCACUUGUUUUAGAUAAAGAAACAAGUGUAAUAAAUGCUCAUUACUA